AUGCCCUGUUUCAAGGGUCUCGCCGUGAGUAUACACACUCCGGACGGACCUAUCUCCGAAUACUCCAUUCAGCGCCAGUCCCGGGCAUCUCGCAUAGCUUGCUACAUCCCCGUACCACCACCCAAGAUCCCCGAAUCCGGAUCCGGGCGCCCUGAGCAAUCGACGUUCGCUAUCUCCAUCACCCUUCUAAACCCCGGCCAAGACGUCCCAUACUCCGCCCCGAAACCGACCCCGGACAACCCCGCACCCAAACCGAAGGUAGUUGGUGGGCUACCCGGGUCUACCGGGGAGCGUGGCCAGUACAGCAGCACGGUUGCUCCGUACCAAGCAUUGACCAAUUCGGCAAAUGAAACGGUCGCCGCCUACAUCUACUUUGAUGGCCGGGCCAAGGAGGAGGUGGCCACACUGCUGCGGAGAGGUGAAGAAACAUGGGUUAAUUCUCGAUGGGUCAGUGUACCGGCACCAGAGGGCGGGGGUCUCGCCGAACGGGAGUUUCUCUUCCGUGAAGUCGGGCUAGAAAGAUGGCUGAACGGCUUGGAUUUGGAAGGGAAAGACGCUGCCGCCAAGAUUGAGCGCCGACGACAAAAGAUGGAGAAGCGCCGAAUUAAGCGUGAAGCAGCUGGCGAUCUGGAUAUGGAAGCAAAGUCGGGCAAAGGAGUCAUGCGCUACGGCAACGAUGCAAAGUCUCCGCUAGAGGAUGUGUCGGACGACGACAUGUCGUUCUCCGAUCCGGACGAUGACCCGAUCCCCGAAUCCGCAGGUCAGAUUAAGGUGGCUUUGUUUCGCGUCCUGGCGUCUGGGGAAAUCAAGCGCGGGGAGUACUCACCACAGUUCGAUGCUCACGAUGAUGAUGACGAAACCCAGGGCGAGAAUGGACAUAAAGGGGCAGCUGAUGCGGACAUUGAUCACACAACGAGCUUUGCGAAGCCAAAAACACUCGACCCUAAGACGAUUAGCACGCAGACCGUGACAGGCAUCGAUCCGUCCGACAAGCCUUACGCCAUUUUCACAUUCAUGUACCGUGGCGAGCGUCAAUUGCAAAAGAUGGGAAUCCUGAGGGACCCCAAGGCGCAAGAAACUCCCGGGUCCGCAAAGCGUCGGUCUUUGCAGCCAGACUUCGCCAAUCUCGGUCCCCUGAAACCCGGCGGCACGGUCGGAUUUGUGAACUUCCGCGACAACACAGAAAGAAAGAAAGGCAAGAAGUCUGGUGAGGAUGACGAGAUGGACAGUGAAGACGAUGAGGACAAUUCAAUUCUCGGUAAAGCAGAUGAAGAAGAGGGCAAAGAAGAUGAUCUCCAUUUGUCUCCGGACGAUAUCCGACGGCAAGGGGAGCUCGCGGAAAGCAUACGCAAAAUCAAGCUUAAACGUCAGCAUUCGUCUGCCUCGUUAGCUACGAAUACACCCCCAGCUGAGAGUGCGAGUCCCAAUACAGCCGGGGACACGCCUGCAACCAACAAUCCGUCCACUACUCCGCCCGCUGUUGCUGCAGCUACGGCCGCUGAGACCCCCAAGCCGGCCACUAACACGCUGAACGGAGGUUUCAUUGGCAGUCCGUUGAAGAAGCAGCGGGCGAGCGUCUCGCAUUCAGAUGAAGACGCCAUGCGUCGACGAAUGGAGUCGGGGCUUUCCCAGGAGAUCACGAAUGUUGGCCCAGGCGACAGUACAAAGGCAGCCAACCCUCCUGAGACACACCCGCAAAAACCGCAGGAGACCGAAGAUGAGGAACUAUAG